AGAAGAAGCGCAAUUGUGUCGGUAAUGGAGUGAUCAACAAAUCCAUGCUACCAUUCUUCACCACAGCACAUCGGAUCCAUGAAUUGGUUGCUCCCCAUUUCUCCCCGUGCGUCGUGGUACACCUCCUCCGCUUUCGAAAUGACAUUUUGGUGAGUGGAAAGGAAGGUAGGUAGGAGGGAUCUUAGCUCGGGGUUUUGGAAUUAGUGGUGGUCUCGAAGUUUUCUGUGACCUCAGUUCUUGGAAGAUUAAUCUAUAGAUUGCUGUUUCUUACUGUUGAAUGGGAGAUUAGGAGUAAUUAGCUAUGGCGGGAUCCGUGUCACGACAACCCAAGGCACGAGAAGGAGAGGUUUAUCAGCAUUCUGGAGCACCUUCACCGUCGUCGCAGGAUGUAAUUGAGUCCUCGGACGAGGUGAUGCGAGGCUCUGAAAUUGGGCUCUGUGUGACGAAGAUGCCGAGCAGGGGGGAGGCAGCUGCGGAGUGGCUGGCCAUGGUUGUGAUACUCCUGUUUGGGAUGUGGCUAAUUUUUCGCUAUCAGAUGGAGCUACUGCCUCCGCCGGUUUCUGGAAAUGACGCCGGAUUACGUGGGUUCGCUGAGGAAAGAGCUUACAAGCAUGUUGAAUCUCUCUCUUCUUUCGGACCCCACCCUUUGCGCAGCAAGGCUCUCGGUCAUGCUAUUCAGUAUGUGCUAGACCAGGUUACGGAGGUGCAACAGACAGAAAAUUCAGAAGUGAAAGUAGAGGUAGACUACUUUCAUGCGAGUCCAGGAGUGACACAGCUCACAGGAAUUUGCGAUGGGGAGUCUACAGUUUAUUAUGGACUGAAGCAUGUUAUUGCUCGAUUGCACCCCAAAUAUGAGGACAGUGCUCUGGAAAACGCAAUUUUGGUCUCUUCACAUAUCGACACAGUUAUCACUUCACAAGGUGCUGGGGAUUGCAGCUCUUGUGUGGGUAUCAUGCUUGAAUUGGUGCGGGCGCUUUCUACUUACGAGGCAAGAUUGAACCAUGCAGGUGAGGAAGAAGGUUUACUUGGAGCGCAUAGUUUCAUGACCCAGCAUCCAUGGAGAGAAACGAUCCGUGCAGCUGUAGACUUGGAGGCUAUGGGCGUUGGUGGCAAGCAUUGGCUGUUUCAAGGUGGACCGGAUGCUUUUCUUGUUGAGACUUCUUAUGCCAAGGUGGCCAAGUGGCCUGCCACCAUAAUGCUAGCUCAGGAUAUAUUCUACUCUGGUCUGGUGAAAACAACCACUGACUUCCAAAUUUUUAGAGAAGUUGGAGGCUUGACAGGGCUUGAUUUUGCUUACAUGGAGAAUUCGGCCGUGUAUCUCACUAAAAACGACAAGUUGAAGCUUUUGCGACCCGGAUCUCUACAACAUUCUGGAGACAACAUGCUUCCUUUCCUACGUGAAAUAGCCACAUCACCAGAGCUGGCAUCCCGUAAUCUGACAUACCCAACAGGAUUCUCCAACAUGAAUGUGGUCUACUGGGACAUAUUAGGGUGGUACAUGGUGACUUAUUCUCAGGAUUUCGCCAAGCUUUUGCACCACUCCAUUAUAUUUCAGCUUAUAGUACUCCAAGUCGGCGACAUUUAUCUCUCAGGGAUUCCCUGCCUGGUAGCCUCAUGUUUAGCUUUCUUGACCAUCUGCUUCACGUGGUGUUUCGCAUUAGGUUUCACUCUCCUUGUUGCAAUCCUUGUUCCAACACUAGGCAGUUCGGCUGUCCCGUUCUUAGCUUGCCCGUGGUUAGCAAUCCCACUGUAUUGCCUUCCUGCCGCAAUUGGCGCUUUGGUAGGCCAUCGAUUUGGUCAUAUGCUUCUAGUUUGGUACCUUCGGCAUGUUGAUGAAGAGCAACACAAAAAGACCCAAUCGACGUUAGAACAGGUCGUUCCAGAGAAGAACCUCGCUAUAAACGCUCCGUAUACAGUUCUGUGUGAGGCUCAGAGAUGGUUGUUUAAAGCGGGGAUUAUGCAAAGGGUACUUGUGCUUGUAUUAGCCACUUGGGCUAAGGCAGGGUCUUCCUACUUAGCUCUUGCAUGGGUGGUUGGUCCCACUAUAGCUUAUGGGCUGCUUGAGAUUCCCCUUUCAUCUUGACAAGCCUUGAGGAAGCUGCGAUAUCUGACGUUCCGGCUUGGUGUGGUUGCACCAGCUGCCUUGACGGCUUUGUCUGCCUUCCAGCUCCCUCUUGUGUUUAUCAACAUGGUUGUGAACUUUGACAGGGAUCCGGGAGAUUUGCCGGUGUGGGUGGGGAGCGUUAUGAUAGCCUGUAUAUGUGCGGCUAUCACGACCCUAAUGCUCGUGUGCUUGCUCCCAUAUGUUCACCGUUCAGGACGACUGGCGUAUGUUCUAGGAGUAUUAGGAGCCAUCCUACUUUUGGCAUUAGCAUCUGUUGCUAUCAGUAUUUUCCCUGCGUUUACUCCCGACGUUGGUCGAGGAAUUAAUGUGGUUCAUGUUAUUGAUGCGGAUGGUCAAAACAGUGGUAGAA